GUAGCAACCAGGAUGCUUAAAACUUUUCCCAUAGUAACUUUAACGUUAGACGAUAGAAGUUAGGACGGACGUUAAACAGACAAUAUAAAGUCAGAAGCUUUACCUUUGUUGCCUCUGUUGCUGCUGCAUGCGAUAUAAAGUUGAAUAUGACCGACGGAAAUACAUUUUACCUGUUGAAAGAUACCUGCAGAUGUACAAACAUACAGAGGGCCGGGAAACUUCCACCUGUAGGAGACGAUGCUAAAUCCUGUUUACAAGAAGCAGAAAGGCCCCCCACCCCACUGCUGAUAAGGCAGUUCCGCAACAGCAUCCAACCAGAACCAGGAGCUAUCAGAGUGCACCAAGGGAAGGCAAAUGAUCCAGAUAUUGCCAGCACCCUUGUUCAUGGCAUCAGCACCAAAUCUUCCCUCACUGGCGGCAGCUUGUUAAAUCCUCCACAAAAGACCUGGGUCCAGCAGAAGUUACAAGAUAUCGGUGAAGAAGGGUACGCCUCCAAUCAAAAGGCACCGCUGGGCCGGUCACACAAUCAGCAUCGUGGACUUCCCACCUGGUAUAACGACAAAACUACAUAUGGUGGGAAAACAGUUAGAGGGUUGGGUAUGGGUGAGAUUAUUAACCCUUCGAAAACAGUGGAGGACGUGGAGAGGGAAGCUGAGGAGGGACACCAGUCUUACAUUCGUAGCCACAACUCCUAUUUUGUUGGUGAGCGGAUUGAUAGGAAGUACGACUGGAGUAACAACAGUAAAGACAGCAGCUUUGGGAUCCCUACACCUCAUUUCCACGACGGACGUGAUGUUGGCAAAACUCUCCACUGGGUGGGGGAGACACGGAAGUUUACCAGUCCAACGACUGUUUGGAAGAGAUCUGGGAAAUGGGAAAAGAUGGUGCCACAAAUUGGCAAAACCAACAGUGUGAGAGGAAAUACCUUGAAUCUUCCACCGGAUCACACUUUUGGACUUCUCUUGCCGCCGGCUGAAUUUGGUGUUGGAGAACUAAUCCACGCCACAGAGCCAGCCCAGUACGUGAGAGGCCAAGACCAACAGCACAGCCUGGUCAACGCAGUGCGAAUCCACCUCAAGAAGAUCAAUUUCGAGAACUUCCACUCCCUGCUGCAGGCAUUCAGUCAUUAUGACAAGGCAGGCAAGGGAAUGAUUGACAAAGCGGACCUGCAGGCAGUGUGUCAUCAGUUCCAGCUGGACGUGAGCAGGCCGGUUCUGGAUGAUCUGAUGGACUACUGUGACACAGACAAGGACGGACUUAUCAACUUCCUGGAGUUUGCUAACUUCCUCAACUGGAAGGACAAGAUGCCCAUCAACAGUCAAGAAUGCAUUAGGGAGAAAGAGCGUCAGACCAGCACGGCUCCAGCCAACAUAGAGAGGAAGCCUCUGUCCUUAAUCAAGCCUGAGGACCUGGAGCCUGGUAAGCCAGACAGCUCACUGAAGACCCUCAGGACCCUGAGGCGACCCAGGGCCAGCCCAGACCACUUCAUGACCUCCUCCAACCUCAUCGGGUCUGUCAGGGAUCCGUCCACAUCAAACAGCCGCGCCUAUGGGAUCCCGUCUGUACGCUCCGACCUUCCAGCUCCACGCAUAAAGAGAGUCAGUGACAUUACCAACUAUGGCGAAACAUCCACAGCUGGAGAUCUUCUGCAUCCAUCAAUUCAUGCUGUUCAGGGUGUUUACGAGGAACACUUCUUCUGUCCGCGCAGCAAGAAGGAGAUUGCAGAGAUCUUCAGGAAUGUGGGUGUUGAUAUUUCUGAGGAGACGUUCGAGGAGGCCUGGAGGCUGGCGUCCAUGAAACAUCCGGCCGGGGAGGUUUGUGUCGAGGUUUUUCGUAACGUACUCAAGGAAAUAAAAGCAAUGUGAUACGCAAGAUGUUUUUACCGGCACAGUGUUGGUGUGAUGGGAGUGUAUUUUUGACACAAUGAAGAAGAAUGAAUUGAUUGAUGGAGCAAACAUUCACUUGAAGAGCAUGGUAGUUGUGCUGUAAAAAAGUCAUGACAAACAUAAUGAAAAAAUUAUUUUUUACACCGCCAUUUUCAAUAACCUCAAAGUCAAGUACAACCGUUUUUAAAGGGCAACAAAAAAGGCAGUUUUAAUACAAAUCACAAUCUUUUUGUAUUUUGUUUUCCUUUGCAAGUGGAACACUUAUUUUUAUACAUCUAGAGCAACACAACACUUUCUGUCCUUACAUUGUUGUUUAUAUGAACUCAGCUACUGGGGAUCUGAAUGAACAAAAUCAGCUUUGCUUUCUUUGAAGUGAUGUACUCUUGCAUUAAUAUGAGAACUCCCAAGAAACAAUAUGUUAAAUUGAAAUCUGUUUUUGUGCCAGUAGAGUCUAUUUGAGCUGGCAUGUGACCCAACUAAAUACUGAGAACAACAUCAUCUGCACAUCAUUUAUUUAUGCUGUCACAUAUUCUGUUGCUAUUAUUCUAUUCAACUGACCUAAAGGAACAGUGUGUAACAUUUAGGGGGAUCUCUUGGCAGAAAUGGAAAAUAAUAUUAAUAAGUAGUCAGACUGCUCGUCUGUACCUUUUAACUGACACACACUCCGUUAUGUCAGGUUUUUUCAAUACCGUAGAUAAGCAAAUAUACACGGUAUGAUAACCAUCAAUGUUAAUACCGUUGUAUACCAUGAUGUCCUAAAACCCUGAAAUGAGUUAGCAUUUUAGCACUUCUGGUUCCCUCGUCUGAAAGUCAAUGGGUUUUUUGAAUGAGUUUUUAGUUAGAUGCCUGAAAUAAGGUCUGUGGUUAACAAAAGCUUAAGAAAUAAAUACUCGUAGAGAUAUACAGUAUACUCACGCUCAUGCGACCGUGGUGUAGUUCGUUUAAAGCCUAACGUUGGCUUUUUACCUCUGCUGAUUGCAUUCACACUUCAAAAAUCAUAAAGUGGUGUUGAUUUGACAAAACGUGUAAGUAUCAUAAACAUUUGUUUGCCACAGAUCUUAUUUUCUGCAAUAAUCCAAAACCCAACAGAAAAAUCCCACUGGCUUUUUGUUGAGGGAACCAGGGCGAUGCUAACUUCCUGGCUGAUCAUCCCUGGAGCACUCCCCACUAGAUGCUGCCAGAUCUUACACACUGCACCUUUAACCUUUUAUUUCACACUGUUACUUUAUCGUGAUUGUAGUUAUGAAUCUGUUGAAACAAUAAAUGCAGAAAAGGAACACUACA